AUGACAGUAUCCAAGGUGAAUGGGGUCAACCCCCGAGAUCUAUCAGACUUGCUCGAGUUUGUGAGACUCAAUUCACCGUUCUACGCGAAGUUUUGGGAGUCCACGAUUGUCACAAAAGACGAGCCAGUCUCACUGCAAGAACUACCAACUGUUGAUCAUGAGUCAUUUUGGAGGGCAAACACAUGUCUCAACAGUCAAGUUGUGACAUCGAAGCAGAAGAACGGCAUCAUCUUCAAGACAGGAGGAACGACAAACAACCCAAAGGUCUCAUUUUACGACCAAAGGGAACUUCAUGGCCUUUCAACUCAGCUGGCCGAGUCCCUAGCAAGAUGUGGUGUGAGAGAGGGUGACAUGGUCGCCAAUCUCUUCUACGCAGGAGACCUCUAUGGCAGUUUCUUGCUGCAUAUCUUGUCUGUGUAUCAUCUCCCUGGAGGUGCUAUCCAACUCCCAGUCGCCGGGCACGUCGGAAUUCCGUCCAUGGAAAGACAUAUAGUCGAGUUUGAAGCAACCGUAGUUCUUGCUACAGUCACGACCAUGUCACAACUGGCAGAACGUAUCCUCGAGGCAGGAAAAACGCAUCCCUCUGUUCGUCUACUAUUGUUCUCGGGCGAGGCUUUCUACGAUGACCAGGCUGGUCUAUUGAAGGCAGCAUUCCCGAACGCAACCAUUAGAUCGGUCGUCUACGGUUCUAUGGACUGCGGCAUCAUCGGCCUUCCACCAAAACCAGAGCAUUACAACAACGAUCCUCGCCUCCACCAGGUCAACAGCCCCAACAUUAUCGUCGAGAUCGUCAACGACGACGGCGAGGUGACCACAACUCCAGGGGAGGCGGGAAGUCUCGUUGUUACCAACGUCGAACGGCGCCUCAUGCCCAUCAUUCGCUAUCCCUCCGGCGACCGGGCUGCGUGGGUUGACCCGACGCUGGGACUCUUCCGUGUUCUCGACAGAGACCGUACUGCCAUCCGACUCGGGCCUGUAUCUAUUGACUUCGUGGACUUGCGACGAAUUGUCUCGACAGUACUCCAAGACAGGCCGGUGGGCAAGAUCCAGGCCGUCGUGACGAGAAAAGACAGAAAGGACCUUCUGACCAUGAACGUUGCUUUCAAACCGGGUACUGAGGAGGAAAGUUCACAGCUGCAGGCUAGGUUCCGAAAGGAGUUGGGUGUGGUACGACCGAUGUUUCGAGAACAUGUCGAGAAGGACCUGAUCAAUGAGCUGAAGAUUAACUUUGUCACUAUGCAGGAACUCGCUGUCAACCCUAGGAGUGGGAAGAUUGUCGAGGUUCUAGAUCUCAGGUCUACAACAGUGUAG